GCGGCGGCGGCCACAGCGGCGGCGGCGGCGGCGAUGGGAGAGCGCUGGUGUGCGGCGGUGCUGCGGGUGCUGGUGCUGCAGGCGGCCUGGGCGCUGGCGGGCGGGCAGGUGCGCUACUCGGUGGCGGAGGAAGCCAAGGCCGGCACGGUGGUGGGCCGUCUGGCGCAGGACCUGGGCCUGGAGGCGGGCGAGGCGGAGGCGCGGCGGCUGCGGCUGGUGGCGCAGGGCCGGCGGGCGAGCGUGGAGGUGAGCGGGGCGAGCGGCGCGCUGCUGGUGAGCUCGCGGCUCGACCGGGAGGAGCUGUGCGGCAAGAGCGCGCCGUGCGCGCUGCGCCUGGAGGUGCUGCUGGAGCGGCCGCUGCGCGUCUUCCAUGUGGAGCUGGAGGUCACCGACAUCAACGACAAUGCCCCCAUCUUCCCCGCCGCCCGCAAAAACCUCAGCAUCGCGGAACUGACCACUCUGCCGGGCUCUCGUUUCCCUCUGGAGGGCGCGUCGGAUGCGGAUAUCGGAGCGAACGCACAGCUCUCCUACACACUCAGCCCCAGCGAGCAUUUCUCUCUGGAUUUACAAAAAUCAAAUGAGCGAAAUCUUCUCCCUGAACUUGUUUUAACGAAAUCUCUGGACCGCGAGACGAUUCCCGUGCACCGGUUGGUGCUGACAGCGAGUGACGGGGGCCGGCCGUCUCUGACGGGGACAAUGGAGCUGGUGAUCUCCGUGCUGGACACAAACGACAACGCGCCCCAGUUCAACCAGUCGGUGUAUAAAGUGCAGCUGCCAGAGAAUGCUACAGAGGGGACGCUCGUGGCACGAGUGAAUGCUACGGAUGCGGAUGAGGGUGUUAACAGGGAAAUUAUCUUUACAGUGAGCAGUUUCAUUCCCCCGAGUGGAAGAGAUCUAAUUUCCGUCAACUCCAAGACUGGGGAGAUUCACCUCACAGGCUCCCUGGACUUCGAAGAAGUCAGCAUAUAUGAUUUUCGUAUAGAAGCGAGAGACCAAGGUUGGCCCCCGCUGUCGGGCCACUGCCGAGUGGAGCUAAAGGUGCUGGACGUGAACGACAACGCGCCGGAGGUGUGGGUGACGUCGCUGUCGGUGCCGGUGGCGGAGGACGCGUCGGUGGGGACGGUGGUGGCCCUGCUGAGCGUGUCGGACCGGGACUCGGGGGAGAACGGGCGCGUGCGGUGCUGGGUGUGGCCGGCGUCGCCGUUCGGUCUGGAGGCGACGUUCGCGGGCUCGUACUCGCUGGUGCUGCGCGAGGCGCUGGACCGGGAGCGGGUGUCGGAGUACGAGGUGGAGGUGCGUGCGGAGGACGGCGGGGCGCCGGCGCUGCGCGCCAGCCGCGGGCUGCGGGUGCCGGUGUCGGACGUGAACGACAACGCGCCCGCGUUCGCGCAGGCCGUGUACACGGUGCUGGCGCGGGAGAACAACGCGGCGGGCGCGGAGCUGGCGCGGCUGUGGGCGCGGGACCCGGACGAGGCGGGCAACGGGCGCGUCAGCUACUCGGUGUGGGAGGGCGGCGCGGGCGGCGGCGGGUGGCGGGCGGCGUCGAGCUACGUGUCGGUGGACGCGGAGAGCGGGCGUCUGUGGGCGCUGCGGCCCCUGGACUACGAGGAGCUGCAGGUGCUGCAGUUCGAGGUGCGCGCGGUGGACGCGGGGGAGCCGCCGCUGUGCGGCAACGCCACGGUGCAGCUCUUCGUGCUGGACGAGAACGACAACGCGCCGGCGCUGCUGCCGCCCGCGGGCUCGGCACCGGAGGCGGGCGGCGUGGCGGCAGCCGAGGCGGCGGCGGCGGCGGCGGCGGCGGGCUCGGAGUCGGGCACGCUGUGGGCGUGGGCGGCGUGGGGGGCGCCGGCGGGGCAGGUGGUGGCGAAGAUCCGCGCCGUGGACGCCGACUCGGGCUACAACGCGUGGCUGCGCUACGAGCUGUGGGAGCCGCGGGGCAAGGGCCCGUUCCGCGUGGGGCUCUACAGCGGCGAGGUGAGCACGGCGCGGGCGCUGGACGAGGCGGACGGGCCUCGCCAGAGGCUGCUGAUCGUCGUGCGCGACCACGGCGAGCCGGCGCGCUCGGCCACGGCCACGCUCAGCGUGUCGCUGGUCGAGGCCGCCGAGGCGGCGGCGGCCGCGGCCGCGGGAUCCUCGUCGUCGUCGUCGUCGUCGGUGUCGCGGUCGGCGCUGGGCGUGGAGCUCGGCCCCGGCGCGGCGAGCGCGGCGACCAACGUGUGGCUGGUGGUGGCCAUCUGCGCGGUGUCCAGCCUCUUCCUGCUGGCCGUGGUGCUGUACGGGGCGUCGCGCUGGGCGCCGCGGGCGGCCGUGCUCUCGGGGCCCGGGCCCACGACGCUCGUGUGCGCCAGCGAAGUGGGCAGCUGGUCGUACUCGCAGCGCCACAGCCGCAGCCUGUGCGUGGCGGACGGCGCGGCCAAGAGCGACCUCAUGGUUUUCAGCCCCAACUUCCCUCCGCCGCCGCCCGGCCCCGCGCCCAAGGACACGCAGCCGGAGCCCUCCGCUCUCCUCGACACGGUCAGUGGCACUGCCUUGUUCGCCUUUACUCUUUCGUUCCCCCCUCUGCCAGAUCUCCCCCGACCCCUGUGCAGUUGCUGCUUGUCGGGUGGCUCCGUCCCCCACGGCCUGAGGGAAGAAAUCUCUGUUGAUUGUGAUAAUAGGGGCGCCGAAGUGUCAGCUCUGCAGACAACGCUUUUGCUCGCUGGUAUCAGCAUUGUCAAACCUGUGCCCUCGUCCUCCCCAGUGCAAGUGACGUGCUGA